AUGGCUGCCGGCGAAGCAGUGGUAAUAGAUAUAAGUUUGAAGCAUAUACAGGAGAGAAUGGACAAGAUACCGGUGCUUGGCCUGGACGACGACAUCCUCGACGCCGCCGUUCGGCAGAUCAGCAGGAUCCACGUGUUCCCUCGAGGCCUCCGAGGGAUCGGCGGCCCCGACGACCGGUACACCGUGCCUUCCUUCGUCGCCAUUGGCCCCUACCACCAUGGCCAGCCUCACCUGCAGGACAUGGAGGAAGUCAAGCUCGCGGCGGCGAGACGCUUCGUGGCGGAGUCGAAACGCUCUCUGGAAGAUGUCUACGUCGAGCUCCUGUCCGUCGUCGGCGACGUGCGGGGCUGCUACGCCGAAGAAGAAAAGGUCAGGGGCUUCGGAGACGCCAACUUGGCCACCAUGAUGCUGGUGGACGGCUGCUUCCUACUGCAAUUCAUGGUUGGCAGCAAAGACAGGAUGCUGUCGUCGGAGUAUGGCAUCCUCAAGGACAUGAUGCUGCUCGAGAACCAGAUCCCAUGGCUGGUGCUCGAGACUCUCAUGAAGUUCCAUGACGUGGACGUGGACGGCUUUGUUGCCGAGGUGGGCGACAAGUUCUUCCCCAGGGAGGAAAGCGAAGGCUGCUGUUCAUGGAUCCAAUCCGUCUGUGGGUCAUGGCAGUGCCGGAACAGUACUGAAGCGCUCGAGAGAAGCGUCCAUGGCAGCCAUAUCUACAAAGCUCGCAAGCCGACGCACCUCCUCGACCUCCUCCGGUUGAGCCAGAUAUGGUGCAUGCCCCAGGAACACAUCGACUACAAGCCGGGCCACGUGUCGUUGCUGUCCAGCAGCGCCGUCGAGCUGGCGCAGAUCGGCGUCAACCUGAGGGCCAGCGCGGCGGCGUGGUUCGGGGACAUGAGCGUCCGGAAGGGCCGCUUCUGGGGCGGCGAGUUGUCGCUGUCGCCGGUGUUCCUGAACGACGUGACCGCCUGCUGGCUGGUGAACAUGGCGGCCCUGGAGGCGGCCGGCGGCAACGCCGUGAACGGGUCCGCGGUGAGCUCGUACCUGUCGGUGCUGGCGAUGCUGAUGGACAGGGAGGAGGACGUGCAACAGCUGCGGGGGCGGCGCGUGGUGCUCAGCACCUUCAGCAACACGCAGACGCUGGAGUUCUUCAAGCGCAUCGGCCAACACCUCAGCUUCCACGGCCGCUACCUCGCCGUCUUGGAGCAGAUCGAGGCGUACCGGCGGAAUAGGCCGGUGAUGACCUCCAUCCACAAGUUCGUCUACAACAACUACAAGGUCGUCGGCAUCAUCCUCUCCAUCGCCAGCGUGCUCGUUGGCAUCUUCAAGGCACUCAGGGGACGCUAG